AUGAUAUACAUAAUGUAUUUUUUAUUAUUUGGUCUUGUAUUAGGGUUGGCGGCAGUUGCAUCUAAUCCUUCUCCCUACUUCGCAGCAUUAGGUCUAGUUGUAGUAGCAGGUAUUGGCUGUGGCGUAUUAAUUUGACAUGGGGGAAGCUUCUUAUCAUUAAUUUUAUUUCUGAUUUACUUAGGAGGUAUGUUAGUUGUGUUUGCAUACUCAGCCGCUUUGGCGGCUGAGCCCUAUCCGGAGGGGUGAGGGAGCUGGCCAGUAUUAGGGCUCAUGUUGGGAUAUUUAUUAGGGGUGGUAAGUGUAGGAACAUUAUUUAGCAGUAGUAUAUAUGACGAAAGUUGAAUAGUUUGUGAUGAGUUUGGAGAGUUUUAUUUUGUACGAGGGGACAUAGAGGGUGUGGCCACAUUAUACUCGUCAGGAGGUUUUAUAUUAGCGAUAGGUGUUUGAGUUCUUUUAGUAACAUUAUUUGUUGUUCUUGAAUUAACCCGUGGAAUGAGUCGAGGCACGCUUCGUGCGGUUUAA